CUGCAUGCGUCUCCGUCUCCGUCCAGUGACAGUGAAGCUACACUAGAGAGCAGGUGUGCACGUGCGAUUCGGUACAGUUACGGUACACCUUCACCGGCGAACGGAGACCCGAUCGAACGUGCUCGUCGAUUUAAUGCUUCGGUGGGAUUUUCACGCGCAGGAAUCUCCGUCUACCAUCAUGCGAUGACGGUUUACAGCUAUCUCUCUAGGACUGCCAGAACGCUGCAGCUUUUACAGUCUCAUUCCACGCAUGCACGCAAAGAUUUGCGCACUUUCGUCCGAAAUGAAUCAAGUUUCGUGCCGCAACGGGUACUCGUCGUGGCGAAAUUAUCGCGGUACCAUUUUGAAAGAUUACGGGAACCCGAGCUCAACGAAGCCCAGCUGAGAGCGAAACUGAUAGAAAGGGGCUCCGACUAUGAGAUUAUGCUCGCCAGCCACUUGGCAACCAAAGCUGUGGAAGAGCAAGUAACUCAGGUGUUACGGAAAAUGAAUGUGCAAUAUAGAAUAAUAAACAGAACGACCUUGGAUCAGUCGCACUUUACGUGGGCGGAUUUGAUCCUGCCGAUCGGCGGUGACGGGACGUUCCUCCUGGCUUCGAAUUUGAUAUUCGACGACAAGAAGCCCAUAAUGGGCAUCAACUCGUAUCCCGAGAAAUCGGAGGGCUAUCUCCUCCUGUCGGAGAAAUACACGAGGAGCAUACCGGAGAUUUUUGAGAAGCUGAAGGCGGGACACUACAACGUGCUCAUGCGAAGGAGGAUUCGCACGACAUUGAAGGGCGAGGGAAUAUGGGAGGCUGCUUUUCACAUGCAUGAGAAGGGACGAGUCGCUGGUAGUGAGAGGUUUUACGUGAACUUGGAAUUUGAGAGUCACAAGCCUACCAAGCUGCCGACGGAGAGACGGCUGCCGUGGCUGGCGCUCAACGAGGUUUUCAUGGGCGAGACGCUGUCGGCACGCACGAGCUCCUUGCUCAUGAAGCUGGAUGAGGAGGAAAGGUACCGCAGGGUGAAGAGCUCCGGUCUGUGCGUGAGCACCGGGACCGGGUCAACGUCGUGGUACAAAUCCAUACACAGCCUGAGCCAGCAAACUGUGCGGGAGAUAUUGCGUCUGGUGGACGGCAAGCAGCAGGUCGCCAACGGCGAGAUCGAGAGGAUCUGCUCGACGUUCAACAACAGCUUGCAGUACAACGCCGAGGAUUCCAAAUUGUGCUAUUCCAUAAGAGACAUAAUAACGACCGACGCGGUGCCCGCCCUAGUGCCGCCGCGUGGCUUCUGCAAGAAAGUCCUCGUGAAGUCGCAGUGCUUCGACGCCGGCUUGGUCCUCGACGGCGGAAUAGCGGUGCCGUUUAACUUCGGCACCACCGCGAAAAUCGAAACCUUCCCCGAGGACUCCCUGCGGACUAUCAAUCUACCGGAUUGAACUGGCUGAUGGCUUUCUUGAACUUUCUGGAACAAGAAUAGAACAGUGCAAAGUAGCCUUACGUCAUAAUAUUAAGAUAUUGAUUUAUCUUGUUAAAAAAAAUUUACUAAGUUUGUGAUAUAUUUCCACGUUUUGUUUUUCUCUAAAAGACAGCAAUUUCUAAACGCGAAGGAACUUGGAUUUAAAAGGAAUGCAUUUGGUAACGUUCAAGUGCGGACAGUUUACAUGCACACAUACAGGAAUAAUACAAACAAUCUGAUGUAAUUAUUAUUUUUGUUGCUUUAGGCUAUCAAUUGUUCGGAAUGUCUGGAAGAUGCCGCAAAUUAUUUGAUUUAAAUAGAAAAAAAAACUUACGUCUUACCAAAUAUCGAAUACCAAAGUAUCGUUUAAAAGUAUGUCCGAACUGCUGUUGUAGUUUUAAUUUCGCAAAUUGUGCUUUCGUCAGUGAUAGUGCCAUUCCUAUUAAUAUAAAUAAAAUUAGGCUGUUACUGUUUUCUAGCAAUUUUUACAGCUGAUUUUAAUACACGAAUAGAUAAAAAAGUUUUAUAUAUAUAUAUCGAUGUAUUACUCUUCGCUCCAAUUAAAUAAAAUCACUAUUUUUUAAGUUUCAA